AUGGCUGAGUUGGAACCUCCUUACUUCAGCGCUACCAAUCUUAUGGCAGCGUUAUAUCAAAUUGCUUCAAAUGAUGCCCCACGCUGGUGGGAGUUUGCAGCAAAGAUAUUGAUUAUUGUCAAUUUACUUUCACGGUUUGAUUGUUUGGCCUCUGCGACCUUGGAGUCCACAUACUGGCUGUUUGGUUUUUUUCGGUUCAUUGAAUCGAUACAGAGUUUAUGCAACGCUAGUUUCGGAUACACCUUGAUAUUUCCUGUUGAUGAUUCGUGCCAUACUUAUUAUUAA